GGAGCUCCGGAGGGUGGACGGCCGCUCCAGUAACCCCUCCUGAGAGCCAGAGGCUUCCAGGUUAGACAGCUGAAGAGAAGAGGGACUAAGCCAGAGGAUUCGUUUAGCACCGCCUGAGAUUUGCCGCCGCUGUUGCUGCUGCGUUGGGAUUUAACGUUCAUUUCUCCCCGGGGGAUGGUGUUUUGCUGACCGCGGGCUUCAGCGUUUUCCUCCCUUGAUGUCUCUUACAUCUGGAUUUUGUUCCCGGGGGUUUCUUUUUCCGCAAGAGUUGCUGCCCAGGGUUUCAAAAGUUGCAGUGUGGUCCUAAUUCUCCCUUCCCCUUCCAUCAUGUGCGCCAACAUAGUCUACGAGUGGCUGAAGACCCUGAAGCUCUCGCAGUACGCCGAGUCCUUUGUGGAUAAUGGCUAUGACGAUCUGGAGGUGUGCAAACAAAUCGGCGACCCAGACCUGGAUGCCAUCGGGGUCACGAUGCCACAGCACCGGCGCCGGCUCCUCGAAGCCGUGCAGAGGCUGAAAGAGGAAGACGAGAGCAACGCCGGGCUGUACUUCACCUUGGAGCCUCAGCCGCCACAGCGGGGCUUGCCUUCGCCCGAGAUCUACACCAGCCACCUGGUGGAGCAAUACGAGGCCAAGACUUGGAAAGAGCAUCGCCGCCCUCCUCCAGGGAACAGGGGGGUCCCCAGGAAAGUGAGCCCCCGCAGCAAGGAGCUGAUUACUUACCCCAAACUGAAACUGAAAAUCAUGAUUAGGGAUAAACUCAUCCGGGAUGGGAUCAAUCUCAGCAAGCCCCCCUACUCCAACAAGGAUGGAUCAUUGGGCAACAUUGAUGACCUGGCUGAGCAGUAUGCAGAUUACUAUAAUACCUGCUUUACCGAUGUGUGUGAGAGGAUGGAGGAGCUUCGCAAACGGAGGGUUUCCCAAGACCUUGAUAUGGAGAAACCUGAUUCCAGCUCCACAUCCCUACAGCUGCGGUCCCAGAUUGAAGAAUCCCUUGGCUUCAGCAGUGUGGUCUCAACACCAGAAACAGAAAGAAAGUUUUCACUUCAUAAAUCAAGUUCUGAAGAAAGUGCUGUAGGUAAAGCAGAUUGGAAAAAAAAGAACAGGUAUUUCUGGCAAAACUUCAGAAAGAAUCAGAAGGGCCUAAUGAGGCAGUCUUCUAAAGGGGAGGAUGUUGGUUAUGUGGCAAGUGAGAUCACAAUGAGUGAUGAGGAGCGCAUCCAGCUAAUGAUGAUGGUUAAAGAGAAGAUGAUCACUAUUGAGGAAGCGCUUGCAAGGCUUAAAGAAUAUGAGGCCCAGCAUCGGCACUCAGGUAGCCUAGAUUCUUCUGAAUGGCCUGACAGUCCUUACCCAACUUUUGAUGGCUCUUCCAAUUGUAAUUCAAGAGAACAGUCAGAUGAUGAAUCGGAAGAAUCGGUGAAGUUUAAGAGAUUGCAUAAACUGGUAAACUCAACACGCAGAGUGAGAAAGAAAUUGAUUAGAGUGGAAGAAAUUAAAAAGCCCAGCACUGAAGGUGCGGAUGAGCAUUCCUUUGACAACUCUCCAGUACCAGAUGACAGAACGGCACUUUAUUCCGGGGUUCACAAGAAGCAAGUCUACUUGGAUAACUCUUCUGAGAAACAGCCUGAUGAUGACUCUGAUUCACUGACCACAUCUCCGUCAUCCAGCAGCCUAGACACUUGGGGUACUAACAGGAAAUUGCUCAAAACCUUCAGUAAAUCUGAUAGCCGUGGCCUUAUUAAACCCCCAAAGAAGCUUGGGACAUUCUUUUCCUACCCAGAAGAGGAGAAAACUCCAAAAGUUUGCCGCUCCUUGACAGAUGGAGAGAUGAAGAAGAGCCUUGGCUCUCUGAGCCAUGGGAGGACCUGCAGCUUUGGUGGCUUUGACUUGACAAAUCGCUCAUUGCACAUUGGAAACAAUUUGGAUCAGAUGGGGAAAGAUGGUGAUUUUGUUUACAAAGAAGUGAUCAAAUCUCCCUCUACGUCCCGCAUAUCUCUUGGUAAAAAGGUGAAAUCUGUCAGAGAAACCAUGAAGAAGAGGAUGUCUAAAAAAUACAGCAGCUCCUUGUCAGAGCAGGAUUCUAGCCUGGAUGCAAUGCCAGAAUCUCCUCAGUCACCUCAGCCAGAUACUGAUUCUCUGGAUAAACCCAAGCUGAAAGCUGGUGGUUCAGUAGAAAGUUUGAGGAGCUCACUAAGUGGCCAGAGUUCAAUGAGUGGGCAGACAGUAAGCACAACAGACUCCUCAGCCAGCAACAGAGAGAGUGUCAAGUCUGAAGAUGGUGAUGAUGAGGAACUUCCAUACAGAGGACCUUUUUGUGGCCGGGCCAGGGUCCACACCGAUUUUACCCCCAGCCCUUAUGAUACUGACUCCCUAAAACUCAAGAAGGGCGAUAUCAUUGAUAUAAUUAGCAAGCCUCCCAUGGGUACCUGGAUGGGUCUCUUGAACAACAAAGUGGGUACUUUCAAGUUCAUCUAUGUGGAUGUAUUAAAUGAAGAGGAAGAGAAGCCAAAAAGACCCACAAGAAGGCGACGGAAAGGAAGACCACCUCAACCCAAAUCUGUGGAAGAUCUCCUUGAUCGCAUCAACUUAAAGGAGCACAUGCCCACCUUUCUGUUCAAUGGCUAUGAAGACUUAGACACCUUCAAGCUCCUAGAGGAAGAAGAUUUAGAUGAGCUAAACAUUCGGGAUCCAGAGCACAGAGCCGUUCUCUUGACAGCAGUGGAACUGCUUCAGGAAUAUGACAGUAACAGUGACCAAUCAGGCUCUCAGGAGAAACUCCUUGUAGAUGGCCAGGGUUUAGGUGGAUGCUCUCCCCGGGAUUCAGGCUGCUAUGAAAGCAGUGAAAACCUAGAGAAUGCUAAGACCCGAAAGUCUUGUCUCCUGCCCUCAAAAUUAGCCAGUGAAUACAGUUUUAAGGAUUUCCACAGAAAUCCACUGGCAGUUUAUCCAAAUUUGCCCUUACCUAAAUCAGUAGAUGCCCUCCAGCAAGGAGAGAAGAUACAGUUCAGCUGCAUGCAUCAAGUUCCAAAAAGCUGCCUCAAGCCCCCAACAGCCAUAGGCUUCAAGAAGAACCGCAGAAGUUUACCAGUUGGUAUCUGUCGGAGCUGUGAGCUUCUGGAAGGCACCCAGAGUGUACAUAUGUGGCCAAGAUCUCAUUCUCUUGGAGACCUUCAUGGGGAAACUAGCACAGAUUGUGUAAAGUUGGUGGAUGCUUUUCCUCAGGGUAUACUGGAUUUAACAAAAACAUUGACUGGCUCUAAUGGUGGUGGUGGUAUGACAGUACUGUCUAAGCAGAGCAAAGAUGGUGUUGAAUCUCUCAAGGGAAAAGCAAAGGAACUGCAGUUCUCUGCAAACAUCUCUUCCAGUGGAACACUUCCUCUGUUUCUGACUCAGAACUGUGAAGUUCGGUCAUCUUUACUUUCACGUGGUGUAACUUGGACCCCUUCUGAAAACUAUAAAAAAAGCAGUCAGGAUCUUGGAGGUGCUGAUCAUUCCCCAGUCUCCAAGGGGAGUAUAGAAGCUGAUCAGAAGCAUAUGGGUGAGGCAAAACCACAGCCACCACCAGUCCCUGCCAAAAAAAGCAGAGAACGCCUUUCUAAUGGACACUGUCAUCUGCCCUCAGCCCUUUCUUGUCCAGAUGUGCCAUCUUUGCCAGCAAAAAAGACCUUCCAGUCUGGCUCUUCUGAUUUCCAUGAACUGACUGUGUGCAGAUCAUCUCCUGAACAGGAACCCAGGAGCCCUUCCAGCAUAAGGCCUCCUUGGUUAUCAGAUCUUCCAGAGACUGCUAGUGUCCAGCAACAUGUGUUAAAACUAGAUCCUUCGUCAGUGAGAAAAAUCUCCUGCACUAGAGGACUGGAUUUGGAGACGUUGAUAGAAAACAAGCUGCAAUUGGAAGAUAUUGAUCUCACAGAAGACCCAUACUCUGACAAGCACGGCCGCUGUGGGAUUCCUGAACCUUUGGUGCAAAGAUACUCUGAAGACCUAGAGCAGCCUGAAAAGGAUGUUGCUACAAACUUGGACCAAAUCCGGGUGAAGCAGCUGAGGAAGCAGCACCGUAUGGCAAUUCCAAGCGGAGGCCUCACUGAAAUCUGCCGCAAACCUGUGUCCCCUGGGCACAUCACUUCCAUAACUGACUGGCUGGUUUCUAUUGGCCUUCCGAUGUACUCAAGCUCACUCAUGACUGCAGGCAUCAGUGACCUAAGCAAAGUGCCUUCUCUAUCACAAACUUCACUUCACGAGGCCGGCAUUACAGAGGAGAGGCACAUAAGCAGGCUUUUGGCAGCAGCAAAUCUUCUCAAAAUCCUCAACCCAGAGACCAUCUAACAUGCUUUGGAAUGUAGCAACUGCCUGUAGGAGAACCCUCCUGUUUCCUUCAGUGUCCAUUUCACCUUUAAUUUCUACAGAACACCAACUGGGAUAAAAUAAAGCAGGUCCUUGGGAAAGAUAAAGCCUUUGUGGGUUUUAUCCAGGAUUCAUCAAGGAAAAUAGAAGUAGCUGUCACGAGAGUGGUACUGGUACUCGUAGAUUUACUCUAAAAAAAAAAAGGCACAAGAAAUGGCUUUAGUUUCAUAAAAACUCUAAGGUUGUCUUGGGGCCCAGUGAAAUUGUCUGUAUUAUUACAAAAAAAGGGAUUUUUCUACUUGCUGGAAAGUAGACUUUUUUAAAACAAAAAACAAAAACCUACAUCAACUUUA